AUGUCCCUUUCUGUAAUUGGUAGUACGGCAUUAUCAACAUUCGCUGCCAAGACAUCAUUUCUCUCUCUCAAUCUGCAUGCCCUCGCCAAACAACUUGCAAAAUCUGAUGUAUCACAAAGGCUUUUUAUUGAAGCAGAUCUAUUACCACCAGAGCUGUGCAUUGAGUUACGAGCAAGCAGCGAUCAGGAAUCUGGCCAGGGUCAAGCUCCAAGUACGAGGUAUAUGGAUGAGAAAGAUUCUGAUUCCUUAGUGUCACAUGGUGUUUCUGAAGGAGAUAAGUACACUGAUCAAGGCACCACAACCACCACCAGCCAUCCAUUUCCUGCUUAUGCCAGUGAAGGGUCAAAGUCCAUAAAUCAGGUUAAGGAUGAAGUCCAGCAUUUUGGCUGUACUAGUCAAAGCAUUUUCUCGGAGUCUACAGCAGAACUCAAUGUAGAUUCUAUUGCCAACCCUGCGAAGAAACCAUCUAGAUUUGAGGCAGCAGCUGCAGAAGCAGAGCUUGACAUGCUUCUUGACUCAUUUAGUGGAGCAAAGUUUCUUGAUUCCCAUGACGUCACGGAGAAGUCCGGUCACACAUCUUAUUUGUCACCAGGAGAAACCUCAACUUCGUUGUUGGAAGGAAUUUCAUCUGUUCGGUUGGUUCCUGCUGAACCAGUGAAGAAAGGCCCAGAUUUAUCUAGUUCUGCACUGAUAUCUGCCAAUCUGGAUGAUACCAUUGAUGACCUACUCAAGCAAACAUCCAGUCUAAUAAACCAAAAUAGUCCAUCACAGUCUAGUGAGGUAAAGGCUGCCCCUUCUGAUGUCCUAUCUUCCUCUUCCUUGCACCCUGCUUCCAAGUCUAAACUUUUGGAUGAUUUUGAUUCAUGGUUGGAUACGAUUUGA